AUGGGAAAUCCAACCGCUUUCUCGUGCUGUAAUUCUCAGGUUUACAGUACCAAUGUCAGCGACAUUAAAAUCAAUGCUGUUAUCUCUCUGACCAGCAAUACCUAUACCACGACUUUGACGGCAGGCGUUAGCUAUCCCAUAAGGGUCGUAGCUGCGGGCUUGACGUCCAUUGUAGGGUUAUUUUCUUACAAGGGCCCAGGCAUGAUUUUCACCAGUUCAAACUUCGGUUCUCUAGUAUCCUGGUAUAGUGACACAGGAUCAUGUCCAAAAAUACAGACUACCAUAACCGGUGGUGUGGCAGGGACUAAAGUUUGGUCAGGGACAAAAACAUCCACUUCAACAUCUACUAUUCUAGCUACUGGGACGGAUGGGCAUGUAACCGAAACUGACGUGUAUUAUGUCCUAACGCCAACAACUGUAACUUUGAGAAGUUCUGUUUUGACGCCAUGGGGUGGAUCUCAAACAUCCACUUAUUCUACAAGUUUCACAACUUUGACUGGAGCAGAUGGUAUAAAAACAGUGGAGACCGUGUACUACGUGGAAACUCCAAUAGUGAAUGUUCUGAGCACGACAAUCCAACCCUGGAGUGGGUCAGAGACAUCGACGUAUUCUACAAGCUUCACAACUUUUACAGGAUCAGACGGCAAAGAAACGGUGGAAACUGUGUACUACGUGGAGACUCCAAUAGUGAAUGUUGUGAGCACGACGGUCCAACCAUGGUCCGGAUCUGAGACCUCGACAUAUUUGACAAGCCUGGCUACUUCUACAGGAGAGGACGGAAAAGAGACAGUGGAAACUGUGUACUACGUGGAAACUCCUAUUGUCAAUGUUGUGAGCACGACGGUGCAGCCAUGGAGUGGGUCUGAGACCUCAACUUAUUCAACAUCCUCACUACUCACGACGAUGGCAAGGAAACGGUGGAAACUGUAUACUACGUGGAGACUCCGAUCGUGA